AUGAAUUUCAUAAAUCACUUGAACAUCCUAACAUUAAUUCUUUUUUUUUUUUCCCUAUGUACAAAAUUUGCAAAACUUAUUAAGGCAUACAUUGUUGGGGAGCAUGGUGAUAGUUCAGUAGCACUGUGGUCUAGUAUAAGCGUGGGAGGAGGUCCAAUUCUAAGUUUCUUAGAGAAGCAACAGAUAGCAUUUGAGAAAACGACUCUUGAGAACAUCCACAAAGAAGUGAUUGAAAGUGCAUACGAAGUUAUUCGCCUCAAGGCUUACACCUCAUGGGCCAUUGGUUAUUCAUUGGCAAGCUUGGCUCGAACCAUCCUUCGGGACCAAAGGAGGAUUCACGUAGUCUCUGUCCUUGCCAAGGGCUUCUAUGAAAUCAAUGGUGGUGAUGUGUUCUUUAGCCUCCCAACGCAGUUUGGAAGGAAUGGAGUUCUUGGUGUGACUAAUAUUCAUAUAACAGAUGAGGAGGCUCAACAACUUCGAGAAUCGCUAUUGUACGGCUCUCUGUGGUGUAAUAUGGUGUUGGCUAUAUUUAAGCCAUUGGGUCAGUCUGAAUCUGUCCAAUUUCAGCCUACGCGCCAAGCGAAUCGCAUGGCUGCCUGA